AGAGCACCCUCGCAUCCCACUCCAAGAUGUCCUGCUACGACCUGUGCCCGCCCAAGAACAGCGCUGAGCUCUGCCCACCCAGGACCAGCGUGGCUGUGCCCCAGCCCAUCGCUGAGAGCUGCAACGAGCUGUGCGCCCGCCAGUGCCCCGACUCGUCUGCCUUCAUCCAGCCCCCACCCGUGGUGGUCACCUUCCCCGGCCCCAUCCUCAGCUCCUUCCCCCAGCAGGCCGUGGUGGGCUCCUCCGGAGCACCGGCCUUUGGCGGCUCCCUGGGGCUGGGCGGCCUCUAUGGCACCGGCGCCACCCAGGCCUCGGGGGGCCUCUGCACCUUUGGCAGAGCCUACGCUGCUCCCGCCUGCAGCCCUUGCGCCCUGCCCCGCUACAGCAAGAAGCUUUGGAACACCUGUUGGCCCUGCUAG